GGCUGAGCCAUGCCUCCUCUGGAAGAAGACCUUGCCUAAGCCAAAAUCAUGAGUUCAAACAACACCUCGCAUUUUAUUAACUCAGGACAAGAAAAUAAAAGGCGAACGUUGAAUCUUGCCUGUCACCAAAGGUAGCGCUUUUUCUAACAUUUAUGAUGGCGGAGGGGAAAUCUCCUGCCCCAAAGAGACAUUGCAGACGCUUAUCAACCAUCAAAGCAGCAAAAUCCCCAUCUAACUCUAUUAUUUCCUAUUUUAACAAUGCCCCACCUGCCAGAAUUGCCUGCCCAGUUUGUAGGAAGAUGGUCCCCAGGUAUGAAUUAAACCAGCACCUUGACCAACUGUGUACUGACACUGGCCAUGCUAUUCACACUGAUCCUGUUCAGGUUUCCUUAACAAAUUCAGAUGUGUCCACUUCAGAUUUAACCGACAUUACCACAGAAGAAAGAACAGCAAAGAAAUUGUCAUCACCAAAGACAAAUUUAACUCCUGGCCAGAGUGGUUCUUCCAAAAUGGGCCUAAAACCACAGACCAGUCCCUACUUUAAAAAUAAAGAUGCUUUGGUGUACAAAACCCGAGAUAACUUGGAAAAGAAUAGUGUGCAAAUCAUUUCGUUGGGAAGCCUGUCAUCGAAAUUGUCCAGAAAAUCCAUAAAAGCUAAAAAGUCACUCGAUAAGCAUGAAGAAUUGGCUAGUCAUUGUUCAGACACUGAAGACAAGAAUCCAAUGAUCGAGAACAGUUCUCAAAAGGAAAAUAUGUUUACAUGGGAUUUGCCAAAGGGAGAGAACAUUCUGGAACAUAUGGAAGAUGGAGGCCAGAAGGCAGCCCGGGAAUGUGUGGAGUCAGCCUUCAGCCCUGGGUGCUCAGAUAAUACUUCUGUUUUAUGUUCACCGGUUUUAACACUUAGGAAUGAUUUAAAGUUAAGUUCAGAAGACAGUCUCGGAGAGCAAGAGAAUGACCUAGUUGCUGGAAAGCUCCAAGCAUGUCAGCAUGAAAGGGUAGAAGUGGCUGUGGGUUCAAAUCUCCCUACACAGUUGUCAAAUUCAGAAUCAAAUUCUCACAGUUCUACAGACCAUGUUUCUAAGUGGAGUAACGUCUGCACACUUCCCCCGGAAGCUGACAGGGGCUUAAGGAAUGAUGUCACUUGUAGCAUUCCAUCAUCGGAGGAGGGCCAUCCUGGCGAGACCCCUCAGACCCCACCCAGCCAUCCUUACUACCUGCGGAGCUUUCUCAUGGUCCUCCAAGCUGUGCUGGAGAAUGAAGAUGAUCUGAUGCUCUUCAAUGACCAGGAGAAGGAGAUUAUAACCCGAUUUUAUCAAUUAUCAGCUGGUGGUCAGAAGCUGUACGUCAGGCUCUUUCAACGUAAACUAACCUGGAUUAAGGCGAGUAAAUUAGAAUAUGAAGAGAUUGCCUCCGAUUUAACUCCUGUGAUUGAAGAAUUAAAGCGAGCAAACUUUGUACAGACAGAGUCUGAGUUGCAAGAACUCUCUGAAGUACUUGAACUCCUUUCUGCUCCUGAACUGAAAACACUGGCCAAGGCCUUCCACUUAGUGAAUCCCAAUGGACAGAAACAGCAGGUGUUAGAGUCCUUGCUCAAACUGGCCAAACAGCGCUCGGUCUGCACGUGGAGCAAGAGUCAGCCUGGCAUCGGAGCAGUGAUUUUAAAAAGAGCUAAAGACUUGGCUGGCCACUCACUCCGAGUGUGUAAGGGCCCGAGGGCCGUGUUUUCCCGGGUGUUGCUGCUGUUUGCAUUGACAGACUCUGUGGAAGAUGAGGAAGCUGCGUGUGGCGGUCAGGGCCAGCUCUCCACCGUUCUGCUGGUCAAUCUCGGCCGAAUGCAGUUUCCUCGUUACAGCAUCCAUCGGAGAACCCGAAUCUUCCAGGACAGAGAGGACCUUGUCAGGUACGCAGCCGCCAUGCACAUGCUGAGUGAUAUUUCUACCGCAGUGGCCGCUGGGAACUGGGAAGAAGCUAAGGAACUCUGUCAGCGUGCAAAAGGGGACUGGGACAAACUGAAAAGUCACCCCUCCCUGAGAUUCCACGAGGGUCUGCCGCUAUUUCUGCGGAGUUUUACCGUGGGGUGGAUUUAUACAAGGAUUUUGUCACGGGCUGUGGAGAUCCUGGAGAGACUGCACAUGUAUGAGGAAGCCGUCCAGGAACUGCGAAGCCUCCUGUCUCAGAACACUUACUGCCCCGACAGCCGAGGCCGAUGGUGGGAUCGCCUGGCCCUGAACUUGCAGCAGCACCUCAAGCGCCCGGAACUGGCAAUCCGGUGCAUCCACGAAGGGCUGGCCGAUCCGGAAGUAAGGACAGGUCACCGUCUUUCACUCUAUCAGAGAGCUGUGCGCCUGCGCGAGUCUCCCAGCUGUAGAAAGUACCAGCACCUCUUCCGCCAGCUGCCGGAAAUGUCGGUGCAAGAUGUCAAACACGUGACCAUCACGGGCAGGCUGUGCCCGCAGCGUGGGAUGGGCAAAUCUGUGUUCGUCGUCGACACUGGGGACAGCGCUGCCCCCGCCGCAGUCCUGUGCUCCGUGGAGGAGCUGGCGCUGGACUAUUACAGACGGAAUGGCUUUGACCAGGGGAUCCACGGUGAAGGCUCCACCUUCAGCACCCUGUGCGGCCUCCUGCUGUGGGACAUAAUCUUCAUGGACGGGGUACCGGAUGUCUUCAGAAAUGCCUACCAGGCGUCCCCACUGGAUUUGUGCACGGACAGCUUUUUCACAAGCCGGGGGCCAGCCCUGGAGGCCAGGCUGCAGCAGAUCCACAGCGCCCCCGGAGAGAGCCUGCGCGCCUGGGUGGCGGCUGCGUGGCGGGCCCACGAAGGCAGGGCUGCUUCCCUCGUCAGCUGGGACCGCUUCAGCUCCCUCCAGCAAGCCCAGGAUCUUGUCUCCUGCCUGGGAGGGCCCAUCCUCAGCGGCGUGUGCAGACGCCUGGCCUCUGACUUCCGGCACUGCCGAGGGGGCCUCCCCGACCUGGUAGUGUGGAACUCUGGGAGUCGUCUUGUUAAGCUGGUGGAAGUUAAAGGCCCCAACGAUCGUCUUUCACAUAAGCAAAUGAUCUGGCUGGAUGAGUUGCAGAAGCUCGGGGCUGAUGUGGAAGUCUGCCACGUGGCUGCGGUUGGAGCCAAGAGCAAAGGACUUACCUAAAGGCCAUGGAGCCAGGAAUGUUUUGCCGACAUAUGGGUGCAAUAAGAAAAGCAUGCCUGGGGCUGGGAGGGUGGCUCAGUGGUAGAGCGCUUGCCUCGUACACAUGAGGCCCUGGGUUCGA